GUCGGGUACUGAAGUAGCGUCCACGCCAUCUGCAUGAAUGCGCCCAAAAAAGCUCGCCGCAUGCAGAAAGGGCCAUGGCUGGCGGCACUGUCUCCCUUUUGAGGCCAGAACUCACAUCGAAUCCCAAGCGAGCCAUAAGCUAGCAGUGGGAGCGGGCAUUAUUGCUUGUGUCGUGCCGGGGCAUGGCGGCGCCGGCGCCGGUGGAGGUCGGCGCGCAGGGCACGGUGGGCUCGCUGGUGCUCCGGGAGGUCGAGUACUUCCGGAGGGCGGACGUCGCCGGCGGCGGCAACCACGGCAAGAAGAGCAGCAGCAAGGAUGCAGCCAGUGGUGGUGGUGGCGGCGGCGGCAGCCCCCGGGGCAGCAGCAGCGGCAAGAAGCAGAAGAAGAAGGGUGGUGGUGUAGGCAACGGGUCGUUCUUGCCGAGGAUGUGCUCGUCGGCGGAGGUGGCGGAUUCCCCCGGCGGCGGCCGGAGGGAGCGGCCCGCGAGGAUCCGGUACCGGCCUCUGCGGGAGGAAGGGGACGCUCUGGCUCACGAGGACUAGCAGGCAUGGCGUGCAGCAGCUGAUGCUGAUUGGUGGACAUGCCGGAUGGUUUGUGCCGGAUGUCUGUGUCAGAUCCGGAGAAGUGUAUGUGCCGAUAGAUACUGGAUGAUUUCUUGCCAUUUUUCUAUUUUGGCCUCCCCUCCAUAUUCAGUGUUAGUGUUUAUGACUAUAUCAGAAAAGUAUGUAUGAGUGUAUGACUUUUCGUUUAACUUGUAUCCAUCCAUUGGUUUGACUGCUUGUGUUCCAACUUCCAAGGAUCAGAUAAGCCCAUGGUAAUCUAUUUUGCUAGCUAUUGACUUGACA